CACAGCUCUCAGUGGAAGAUCUGUAGGGGAAUUCUGACGCUUAUGUCUCAUCAUGGAAGAAUUAUGAUUAUGUUUGGAUGGAAACGCUGACAUCAUUUUGAUUCCACAAUGGACAGGGUAUAUAUAUCUUCAUCGGACGCAAUGCUAGGAGUCGAUCACUGCAAAGGGAGAAGAAGAAGAAGAACAUCAUCAUCAUCAUCAUCUUUUCACUGACAGCAUGAUGAAGACUCUCUGCUUCACCCUGGGGCUGCUGCUGCUCUCCGCCUGCUGCUGCAACGCCACACUCCAAGCUGUGGAGUACAGCACGGCUCCUAAAGAGUGCUGCUUCAACUUUUACACACAGAGAAUACCACUAAAGCGUGUGUCCACCAUAACCAAGACCCACAGCGCCUGUCCCAACAAGGCAUUCAUAGUCCAGACAACCAAAGGAAAACAGUUCUGUUACAGCGGAACCUCCCAGUGGGCUCUGGAUAUCUACAAUCAGCACCACAACACCCAGGGCCGCAGUCAGCAACACUAAAGAUGUAGCAUUGUU